ACCACCUCAUCCUCCUGCUCCGUCUGCCCACGCCGCGUCACCUUCGGCCUCCACCCUUCGUUCCUGUCCGCGUGCCUGUCGCCCUCGUCGCUCGCUGCGCGACGCUGUCCGGUCGUCCGUGCGCUUGCAGCGUGACCACACGCGCCGCUCGUCUUCGUCGCUGCGCCUCCUCGCUUCCUCCGCAGCACGGCGCCUGGUGCGCCGCCAUGCAUCGUUCAUAGGCUGCCUGCGUCGCCUAUCUGCCCUGCUCGAGCGCUUCGGCCGCCACGCGUCUGCCCGGCGUGACCCACUGCUGGCACGUUUGCCCCAGCUGCUGGCCCCGUGCGGCCUCGCUAGCCCACGAUGUCGUUCAACUUCCGCUGGCCGACCUUCUCGCCGGCCUUCCACGCCGAUGCCGUGCGCAUGCUCGACGGCGCGCUGAACCGCGGGCCGAAGCCCAAGGUCAUUGCCGAUGACAUUCGCGUGCACGAGCUGGGCAUGGGCACGAUUCCGCCCGAACUGGAGAUCCUCGAGAUUGGUGACCUCUCCACCGAUCGCUUCCGCGGCAUCUUCCGCCUCACCUACGCCGGCGAUGCGCACCUCGUCCUCUCGACCAAGGUGCAGGCCAACCCGCUGGCGCCCUCUACGUCGGCCUCGCCCAGCGACCUCUUCCCUGCGCCCGGCCGCGGCAUUCUCUUUGCCGCCGCGCCGCUCAUCGUGCCGAUGCAGCUGCGCCUCAGUGCCGUGCGCCUCAAGGCCAUCGUCGUGCUCGUCGUCUCGCGGCAGAAGGGCAUCACGCUGGUGUUCAAGAACGACCCGCUCGAGAGCGUCGACGUGAGCAGCACGUUUGACAGCGUCGCCGUCAUCCAGAAGUACCUGCAGUCCGAGAUCGAGGGCCAGCUGCGCGAGAUGUUCCGCGAGGAUCUGCCGGGCAUCAUCCACCGCCUGAGCCAGCGCUGGCUCAGCAGCGAGACGGAGCGCGUCAGUGGCGAUGCCUCGCAGAGCGCCGAUGCGGCCGCAGGAGGUGUGCCGCCUGCAGUGCCCGUGGGCGGCUCGGGCGCCGUAGCUGCGCCGCCGCCGCAUGCUGCAGAAAUGCACGCUGCGCAAAUGGCCAGCUCGCCGCCGAGUAACCGGCAGGCAGAUCACGAGACUGCGUCGGCUCUGGGCGGGCCAUCCUCCUCGCGACGGCGCAGCAACUCGCGCGUCAGCGAGGCACCUCGCGCGCCGGCGUCGACAGCAGGAACAGCGACCAUGUCGCGCUCACCUUCCAGCGCGCGCAAUCGGCGAGGCUCGCGCAAGUCGCUGCCCAAAGCCGCCUCCACGUCUGCCGUGCCGCAAGCGGGCCCUUCGGUGCGGGGCGCCGAGCCGCGCUACUCCUUCGGCUUUGGUCUGGGCGGCUGGGGCGCCGCGGACGGGCUUGACGACAUCGAGUCGUACGAUCCGACGUAUGGCCUGCGCCCCGACGCCUUGCGCGCGCCCGUCAGUAGCGGCUACAGCGGUCUGGCGCGCCUGGCGACGCAGGCAAAGGGCGGACUGCGAGACUUGACGAGUCUUGGCUCAAGUCCGAAGGCAAACACGACGGGCAGCUGGGCAGGUCGCAGUCCCGAUGACUCGCAAGCUGUGCUCGAUGAGUCCGACGAUGCACUGGACGAGGCAGUGGACGAUGUCGGCACGAGCGAGGAGGAAGGCUCGCCUUUGCCGGCUGCGUCGCGUGCGCUGGAGCACGAGCACGAGGUCGAUCUCGAUGGUCUCGAUGCGAUCCACGGGCCCGACAGCGAGAGCGACGAGGAGAAUGGCUCGGGCGCCGAUCUUUCGCGCUUUGGCUAUCCGCCUCCCAGCGCUGCGUUCAGCGACACGGCCGUCGAGGCGUCUGUGCGCCGCUCUGCCUCUCUGUUCGGCGCGCCUACCGCGCCCGCCUCGCCCGCAGGCACGUUGCGAGGCCGCGCGUCGUCGUCCGUCAGUGGCGCCACUCCGCGUCCCUCGAAGCCCAGGCGUCAAAUCUACGACACGAUCCCGGCAGUCGGCGGCGGCACCGUGACGCAGCCGCGCGUCUAUCACAUUGCGAGCCGCGUGCAGGCGCCCGAGAUCGAUGAGGACGACGAUCCGUACGAGGACGAGGAGGAACGCACGGCCAGGCUGGCUCGCAGCAAUGCGGGCGCGACCAGUGCGGCGGCAAGUAGCACUGUGCGCGGGCCCGCCAGCACGCGCACGUUUACGCUCGGGGGAGGCGGAGCGCCCAGCGUCCAUUCGCCACUGGCGGCGCCCUUUGAGCCGACGCAGCGCGACAUCCAUGCCGGGCGCUUCGACUCCGACGAGAGUGGCGAGUGGGAUGAUUCGUCGCACCACUCGCAUUCGCACUCUCGCUCCGCCUCCGUCUCGGGCGACGGCUCGCUCGCGACGUUGGAGCCGGAGCCGAUGGACCCACGCUCGACGGCCUACCGCACGCAGCUGUACCGUCAACGCGGCGCCGGCUUCUACCGGCCCGGCUACGGCAGCAGCGAGACGGCGUCGCAGUCUGGCUCGGCGAGCCUGUCGGGCACGAGCAGCUCGCGCUCUCGCAGCGGCGUCUACUACGGCGCCGCUGGAGCACGUCCCUCGUUGGGCCGGCAUACGCCGUCGCACAGCACAGCACCUACGUCGCAGUACCCUUCGACGCACGACAUUGCCUCUACUGUCAACGGCGGCGGCGGCGGCGGCGGCAAGGCUGCACUGCCAUCUCUGCACCUCCCCGAGCGUGCGCCGCAGCGGCCCAUGAGUCUCGAUGCCUCGGCCCACCUCGCCGAGCUCGUCAACUCCAACCACACGCUCAGUCCCUACACGCGCACGCUCGAGACGCGCGGCUUUACCGUGCGCUCUGCGCCCGUGACGCCGGGCGGCAGCGCACAUGCAAGUGGCGCAAGCACGCCGGCUCUCUCCUCUGCCGGUGCCUCUCAGUACGGUUCCUCCUCGACGGACAUGCACGCCGUCUCUGUUGCUGCCUCUCGCUCUCGCGCUUCUGCUUCCGACCGUGCUGCGCCAGACGCAAGACCGACACCUCAUCGUCGACGCACCUUCAAGCUGGGCGGCAGCUCGAAGAGCGACGUCUCGGCGCCGGCGUCGGAGCACGCUACGCCCACGCGUCCCGGCAUGCAGAGAGCGGCGACGGAGCGUCCUGCCGCCACGCAUGCGCAUGAUGCGAGAAGCUCGACGAGCUGGGGCGCUCCUCCAAGCGAGAACAGUCAUCGUUCGUCGGACUCUACGAGCAUGAGACGCGCGGCGUUACUGCAGCAACAGCAACUCGCUCAGCAGCAACAGCAGCAGCAGCAGCAAGGCGGCUAUGAGGACGAUCAAGCUGCGCUGCAGCAACAGCACCAGCAGAAGGGCUUUGCGCCGUACGCAGGCAGCGGCCCAAAGUCCUUCGUCGCCACGCCGACGGCGGAGACACCCGUGAGGCGCCGCUCCGGACGCGCGUUCGUGCCGCCCAGCGAGGCGGCGCUGCCAGGUGCUUCGCGCUGGGCUGCGAUUCGCGAGUAAGAGGCUUGCGGUGGCGCGCGCGCGCGCGCGCCACGCACUUGCUUCGAGCUGUCGCAACGUUGGCUUCUCGUCUCUUCCUGCGUCUUCACCACCUCUCUCCUCACGUGCACCCUCUCACCUCUCACUGCUUCUCAUCAGCCCGCCUCUCAACGUGCCCUUGCCCACCUCUCUCACCCCCCCCCUCACGCCCUCUCUACUGUAUUCUAGACCACUGCUUCAAAUUUGCUACCCACUGCCCUU